AUGGCUGAAAUCUCCGAGAUCAAUGGAGCCAAUGCAUUUUCGAUUUUGAAUGUCAAAGAUGAACCCAAUGGUCAAAAUCCUCCUCCAUCAUCCGCCAUUACCAAAGAAUCUCACGUGUUCUUCUCAACACAUUUCAUUCAGAAGUUGUUGGCGGAGGUUUUGGGCACAUACUUUCUGAUAUUCGCCGGCUGCGCAUCCGUAGUUGUCAACGUCAACAACGACAAGGUCGUGUCGCUGCCAGGAAUAUCGGUGGUGUGGGGCUUAGCCGUGACGGUCUUGGUUUAUUCAUUGGGACACAUCUCCGGCGCCCAUUUUAAUCCGGCGGUCACCAUUGCUUUUGCAACCUGCAAAAGAUUCCCAAUCAAACAGGUGUCGUUUUAUAUUUUGGCUCAAUUUAUCGGCUCUACGAUGGCGGCCGUGACCCUCCGGCUGCUGUUUAGAGGUCCGCUUGAUGUCUUUGCUGGAACGUCGCCACGGGGGUCGGACUUACAAGCAUUCGUGAUCGAGUUCAUCAUCACUUUCUACCUUAUGUUCAUUGUGUCCGGUGUCGCCACUGAUGAUAGGGCUGUUGGAGAACUCGCAGGACUUGCCGUUGGCUCCAUCGUGGUACUUAACGUGUUGUUUGCUGGGCCGAUAACCGGAGCAUCGAUGAACCCAGCAAGGAGCUUGGGGCCUGCAAUUGUGUGGAAUCGAUACAAGGGGAUAUGGAUUUAUCUUACAUCGCCCAUCGUCGGGGCAGUGUCGGGUGCUUGGGUUUAUAAUAUGUUGAGGUCCAGCAACAAGCCCUUGCCAAGCAUCACCAAGGGUGCUUCUUUCCUCAAAACUUCAUGUAAGUGA